AUGGAUUGGCAUUAUGGGGGCCCCCUUGAGGGGCCCUUAGGGCCCAUAAGGGGGCCCUCAGGGUCCCCAUCUUCAAGGGUACGGGGUCGUUCUGCUGCUACUCGUCCUCUUAGACCUGAUGAUAGUCUUAUAACAAAUAUAUUAAAUGGUAAGAAAAGUUACUGGGAGGCACUAGACGAUUUACGUAGAUUAAUAGGGGAAUUAACAAGAGAAAAUGAUAUAUUAAAGGAUAAAACAGCAGCGCAGCAGAGUUUGCUGCAGCAGCGCAGCAGUGCAUAUAGACAAGAGAGAAGACAGCAGCAACAGCAGCAACAAAAACAGCAACAAAAAAUGUCUGAGGCUAUGCAAUCCUUAAAAGAAGAGAAUGCUGUAUUAAGGAAGCAAGCAGCAGCAGCAGCAGCAGCAAAACAAGAUCUGCAGCAGCUGGCGCAGCAGCUAGAGCAGCAAAGAGCAGAGAGCGAACAAAAGAGUAAUAUAUUAUCAUUAAAGCAGCGUCAAUUAACAGCAGCAAAAGAAGCAGCAGAGCGCAGCAGUGCAGCAGCAAGAGGAUUAGCAGAGAGAGCAGAAGGACUGCAGCAGCAGCUAGCAGCAGCAGCAGCAAAAAAAAAUAUGCUUCUUAGUAGAGUAAAAAGGGAAAUAAAAGAUUUAAGAGAUUCAGCAGCAGCAGCAAAAGCAGCAUUUGAGGAAGAAUUAGCAAAAACAGAAGAAAGAGCAGCAGCAGCAGAGAAAGCAGCAGCAGCACAAGUAGCAGCAAAAGAUAGGCAAUUACGUUUGCUGCAGCAAGCAGCAGCAGCAGAUCAAUCACAAGUAUCUUAUAGUAUAAAAAGACAAGAAGAAUUAGAAAGACAAUCAUCUAAAUUACGUUUGAUGCUGCAGCAGCAGCAGGAGCGUGCUGCAGCAGAUGCAGCAAAUAGCAGCAACACUAUACAGGAACUAGAAAGACAAUUAACACAAGAAAAAAAAAAUAAAGAAAAAAUUAAUCAGGAAUUUAAUUUAAUUAAAAAUAAUUUUCUUCUUAUUAAACAACAAAAUGAUAAAACAGAAGAACAAAUUAAAUUAUUACAAAAAGAACAAAUUAAACAUCAAAGUCUGUUGAAGGAGGCGGAAAGAGAAGCAGCAGCAGCAGUAGCACGGGAAGCAGACGUAGCAGCAGAACGUCAGCAGCUGCAGCAAGAGUUGGCAGCAGUGCGUGAAGCAGCAGCAGCAGCAGCAGCAGCCGAUCGGCAGCAGCGUGAGGAAUUAAAGAAGGCAUUAGAGGAAGAUGCAGCAGCAGCAGAGCGUCAGCUAGCGAAAACAACAGCAGAGUUACGUGUUGAGAGAACCAAGACAGCCCAGUUGCAGCUGCAGCAGCAGCAACAGCAGCAGCAGCUGCAGAAGCUCAAGGAAGCAGAGACGCAGCUGCAGCAAAUCGCCAUCCCCUUCGCUCGUAUAAAGUCUGCAUUUGCUGCUGUGUCUGGGCAGGUUGCUGCUGAAGGGCCGCAGCUUGCUGCUGCUGUCUGUAAAACUCUGCACGAAUUCGCUGAAGCAAAACAAGAACUACAGGCACAAGAGGCCGCAUUGGGCACUUUGCAGCAGCAGGUGAAUGACCUGCAGCAGCAACUACAAACAGCAGCAGCAACAACAGCAGAACUAGCAAAGACACGAGAGGAGCUGACGCAAAUAAGAGCAGCAGGAGAAGCAACAACAGCAGAGUUAAGGAAGCUAGGGGAUCAGCAUGCAGUUUUGCUGCUAGAGAAAGAUAGAAUGGAGAAGCAGCACAGCAGCAAGAUGCAGCAGAUGCAGCAGCAAAUGGAAGACACAGAGCAACAGCUCAAGAAAGCAGCAGCAGCUGCUGCUGCGGCAGCAGCAGAGAUGCAGCAACAGCUGCAGCAGCAGCUCGAUAAUGCAACACAGAGAGCAAAUAUGCUGCAGCAGCAAUGUGAUGAGACGGAGCAUGCCUUGCAAGAGGCACACAGACAAGCUGACAGUGCAGCAGCAGCAGCAGCAGAAGCAGCAGCAGCUGCUGCUGCUGCACUGCAGCAGCGGGAAGCAGCACUGGAAGACCUGCAGCAGCAGCUGCAGCAGCGCCAGAAAGAGUUGGCUGCUGCUCAGACACAAAUGCAUGCAGAUGCAGAAGCAGCAACAGAAAGAGAAAAGAAGCUGCGUAGGGAGCAGCAGGAGCUGCAGGACCAGCUGCAGCAGCUAACAACAGCAAAGGAAGCAACAGCAACAAAAGCGACGCGACUGCAGCAAGAGUUAGAGCAGCAGCAACAACAGCAGCAGCAGCAAAAGCAGAAGUUAGACACUCAGCUGCAUGAAGCACAGCAGCAAAUAGAAGAAAUGGAGAGGCGUCUAAAGCAGCAGCAGCAGCAGAUGCAGCAGCAGCAGCAGCAGCAGAGUGAAGAGCAGGAAAGAAAGGAGAAGCAGAACCAACAGCAGCAGCAGGAACUGCAGCAACAGAUAGAGGAGCUGCAGCAGCAACUUAAGAAGAAGCAGCAGCAGCAACAACGCGAAGCAGAAGAUUAUAAGCAGCAGCUGCAGCAGCUGAAGCAGCAACUGGAAAAUGCUAAGAAGGCUGCAGCAGAUGAGCAGCAGCAGCACGAGCAGCAGCAGAAGCAGCAACAACAGAAGCAGCAGCAGGAGCGUCAACAGCAGCAGCAGAAGGAGGAGGAGCAGAUGAAGGCUGUUGAAGCAGCAAAAUCUGAGGCACAGCAGAAGGAGGAGGAGUUGCAGCAACUGCAGCAGCAACUUCAGCAACUGCAGCAGCAACUGCAGCAACAGCAGCAACAGCAGCAGCAGCAGCAAAAAGAAUUAGAGACUAAGACUAAUAUGAUAGAAAGCGCCAAACAAAAAUAUGCAGACUUAGCAACUAAGCACAAUGAAUUAGUAAAGAAAUUUAAUGCUGCUGUUUCUAUGGAGAAGGAGCAGCGCAGCAAGAGUGAGGAAGCAGCAACAGCAGCAGCAGCAGCAGCAGCAAUUGCUGAUGAGAAGCAACAAGAAAUAACUGCAGCACAGCAGCAAAUAGAUGCACUUAAAAAAGAAUUACAAGCAGCAAAAGAAGCAACAAAAAAAGCAGAGGAAGCAAAAAAAAAUGCAGAAAAUAAAGCUGCUGCUGCUGCUGCUGCACCUGCUGCACCUGCUGCUGCACCGGCCCAAGGCAAAGCCAAGGCUAAGGCAGCACAACUAAAACCUAAAGAAACACCUGCAGCUCCUGCAGCAGAUAAGGCAGCAGCAGCACCAGCACCAGCAGCAGCGCCUGCAGCAGCAGAAGCAACAGCAGAGCAGCAGCCGGCUGCGGAGAGUGGAGGAGGUUUCUUCUCUUGGUUUGGGGGAGGAGGAGACACGGCAGCAACAGAAGCAGCAGCAGGAGCAGAAGAAGCAGCAGCAGCAGAGCAGCAGCCUGCUGCUGAAGAAGCUGCUACCAGCGGCUGGAGCCUCUGUCAGGGCCCCCAGCCCGGGCCGUACCAGCAGCAGCAGCAACACCAGCAGCACGAGAGGCAGGAGCAGCAGCAAAAGAAUCAACAACGACAACUUAAACAAUACGAGAACAUUGUGUUGUUUCCUUUCUGUAUCCUGGGGGCCCGUGGGGGCCCCCCAGGGUCUGGGGGGCCCCCCUUUGGGCCCCUUGUGGGCCCCCCUUGGGGACCCCUGCUGCGCAGGGAGCAGCAGCUUGUGGCGGAUUUAACUCAUGAUUUCCCUAAGGAUGCCCGUCAGGUAAAUGUCUCUUCUCUCUCUCAAUUAAAUGCUUACCUUGAUUUGCUGCAGCAGCUGCUGCAGCAGCAGCAGGAGCAGCAGCUAGAAAAUAAAGUCCCCUUUGUUGGCAAAACCAUCACCUUCUUCCUCCCGCAGCAAGCUGCAGCAGCAGCAGCAGGAGCAGCAGCAGGAGCAGCAGCAGAACCCAUCGACGCGCUCGACAUUGUGCAGCGGGAACUCCGGCAGCAGCAACAACAGAAGCAACAACAGCCGCAACAGCAACAGCAACAGCAACAGCAGCAGCAAGAAGUGCAGCAGCAGCAGCAGCAGCAGCAGCAGCAGCAGCAGCAGCAGCAGCAAAGGAAGCAGAUGGUGCGACCUGUGCAUAUUCACCUCCACUCUUUGCCUUUUGAAAUUCACCGAUCACAAGUCGAAGCAAUUGUAGAAAAUUUAUAUUUGCGACUGAGGGCUGCUGCUGAUGGAGAAGAUUUGCCAACAGAGGGAGGACCAAAACCCGCGCCCCUUUUAUCCCCCAAGUACAAAGAGAGAGAUGCGAUGGCAAAUCUAUGGGAACGACAAAUAGAAGAAGUUGCAUUUAAGGAUGCUCUCUACCAACAAGACAUAAAAUAUGUGGCGUAA